AUGGCCUCCUCCGAUCCGGCGCCGGACGACGCCAAGCCCGGCGUGAUUGCCGAGAGCGCUGCAGUGAUUACCGAAGCCAUCAACCAAGAACACGAGCUGUCCUUUAUUGAAGCCGUGAAGCUCUACCCGAGCGCCGUGGGAUGGUCUGCAUUUGUGUCCAUUGGCGUGAUUAUGCUGGCCUUUGAUCCGCAAUUGCUGGGUAAUCUGUACGCGACACCGCAGUUUCAGCGAGAUUUUGGUUACGAGUAUAAUGGAGAAUAUAUCAUUAGCGCGCCAUGGCAGACCGGCCUAUCAAUGGGCAACCCAAUCGGCCAAGUAGUCGGCGCUCUAAUCUCGGCAUACCCAAUGGACCUGUUUGGACGCAAGAUCACCUUUGCCGCGUGCGUCAUUCUCACGGCCGGACUAGUCUUUAUCCAAUUCUUUGCCCGGUCCCUGUCGGUGCUGCUGGCCGGCGAGCUCCUCGGCGGCCUCGUGCUCGGCUGCUACGUCGUCAUUGCCCCGGCCUACGCCUCCGAGGUCUGCCCGCUCGCCCUCCGCGCGCACCUCACCAGCUACACCAACCUCUGCUUCGUCAUUGGCCAGCUCCUGGCUAAUGGUGUCACCGCCGGCACGUCCAAGCUCGAUAAUCACUGGGCUUAUAGUAUUCCCUUUGCUUUGCAAUGGUUCUGGGUUCUAGUCAUCCUUCCAGGCAUGUUCUUCGUGCCCGAGAGUCCCUGGUGGCUCGUCCGCAUGGGCCGCAUGCACGAGGCCGAGGAGGCGCUGCGGCGGCUGUCGUCGUCAAAGGUCAACGUGUCGGCGACGCUGGCCGUCAUCGCCGAGACGGACCGCCUCGAGCGCGAGAUCGAGGCCGGCAGCACCUAUCUGGACUGCUUCAACCGCGCCAACUGGCGCCGCACAGAGAUCUCCAUUGGCGUCUACUGUACUCAGGUCCUCAGCGGUAUCUAUCUCAUUAAUUAUGGUACCUACUUCUUUCAGCAGGCUGGUCUCGCUACCGAGGACUCAUUUUAUAUGAGUAUUGGAUUCCUGGCUGUCGGAUUCGUUGGAACCCUUGGCUCAUGGUUCCUAAUGCUACACUUUGGACGUCGCCCCAUCUUCGUGCAGGGGCUAGGGGUGCUCGUCAUUCUGCAGCUCAUCAUUGGCAUCCUGGACUGCGUGCCCGGCCGGCCCUCGGGCGUGGCCUGGGCCGAGUCGACGCUGAUGCUGAUUUGGAACUUUGCCUAUGACCUGUCCAUUGGCCCCGUGUGCUUUGCUCUGCUGGGCGAGUGCUCCGCCGCCCGCGUCCGCUCAAAGACCAUUGCCGUCGCCACCGCCGCCCAGGGCGUCAUUGGCAUCAUCAUGACCGUCGCCAUUCCCUACAUGAUCAACCCCGACCAGGCCAAUAUGCAGGGAAAAUUGGGUUUCUUCUUUGGCGGUCUGGCGGCCUUGUGUUAUGUGUGGGCCUACUUCCGAGUCCCCGAGACUCGUGGCAGAAGUUACGACGAAUUGGACAUGCUCUUCAGCAAGAAUAUUCCGGCAAGAAAGUUCAAAGAUUACAAAGUCGAUGGGGUUGCAAACGCAGAAAACUAG